AUGUCGCUGUGCAUGACCUCACAUCGCUGCCUGCUGGCCCUACCAGUGAUCUCACUCCUGCUGCUCUCCUCUUCUAUUGGUUGGAGCUCCGAUGUCCUCACCCCAGGCUGUCACCUUUACCCCUUCAACGUGACCAUCCGCAGCGACCGUCGCGGCACAUGUAAAGGCACCCAUCUGGUCUACGCCUGCGUGGGCUACUGUGAGUCCAGUGCCUUUCCAUCCAGAUACUCGGUACUGGUGGCCUCCAACUUCACCCACAACAUCACUUCCACUUCACGAUGCUGCACCAUUAGCAAGGACGCCAAGGUCAAAGUUCGCCUGGACUGCCCGCAGGGUCGUCACCAUGACGAAAUAGAGAUCCUGACAGCGAAGGCGUGUCGCUGUGACAUGUGCCGAAAAUCACGCUAUUGA